AUGGUAAUGAUGAAGCGCGAGGUUAUACUUGUGGAGGGGGACUGGAGAUAUACAAACACAUCGCCCCUUCAUUUUGAGAACUGGAGGUUUAAUUUCUCUGGGAGCUUGCCAGUAGCAAAUGCUGCCGAAAGACCAGACAACAGGAACUCAAUGAAAAUUGAAAUAGUUGCCCCUCAGUCCAAACGUAUUGAUGCUGGGAAGUACGUAUGCUUUGCUGUGUACUUGGUGAACGAUAACGAGGUUAAUACGGAAAGGUACCAGUAUCUUACAGUGACAGUUCGAAACGGCACGUUGUUCAAUUUUAUGCCUCUGAAUGACUAUGAACUGGGACCAUAUGAGGCAUUCUAUCCCGCACCUUCCAAAGUCAAACUAAUUUGCAGUCUUGAAACACAAUUAAAAGACGUAACCUUUCGAUGGAUGUUUGGUAGCAGAUUGAGUAGCUUUAAUAGCUUUCAGCAUUAUUCUAUACACAAAGAUGUAUCGUUUUCCGGGCCUGUAAAGUUUAAUGUAGGAACAGACUGUUUUUACAAACUACAUUCGUCCACAUUGACGGUUACAACAGAAGAGAAGUAUGACGGCUACAUGUAUGUGUGUGUGGCUACAGAAAACAACAAAGAUACACUAGUUGGCAAUUUGACAAUAUAUACUGUAUUAGGGUAUGAAUGACUGCAGUUUUAAGUUUUAUUCUCUGCUUUAAAACGGCAUUAUAUGUUAUUAAACAUUUAUUUGCUAUCAAAC